UCAGCUGAACAGCUGAACAUAAACUUGGUGACGGCAAAUGGGUCGUUCUUACCUGUUUGUCCCGCCACGAAUUGAAGCCAGAAAUGUAAUCGAGCGAUUUUCUCGAUCCAGCGUUGUCAUAUGAUUAUCUCUAGACGCUCAUCGUCGUCCUAGCAUGUGAUGAUGCCAUGGCGAUCAGCCUGAGGCGCGUCACUGUUGCCGUGCUCGCGGUUUACAUCGCGCUGACCUGUUACACCGCCUACGUGCUGAUUUCGAAGAACUACGGCUCUAAACCGAAAGAGAGCGGGCGGAAAGGCCCGUCCCGCUUAACCAGAACCAAGGAAGGAGCCGAGUGGAAUCCAUGGGGAGAAGAGCUGAGCCGAAGCAAUGCGUCACGUCUGGCCCACACCAUUGAGAUAUGGGGCAAGGCAGCCAUAGGCUUAUACCUGUGGGAGCACAUCUUCAACGGCAAACUGGAACCAAAGGGAGAUGGAUCAUGGAGCUACGGCUUCAGGAAGGUUGGCAACCUCAAGUUCAAGUUUAGGACUGGCCCUUGGAUUGUGCCAACAACAGUACCCCAGGACGUGAUGCACCUCGUCCUGGUGCUUAAUGGACGAGAGCCCACCAAGGUGGCAGCUGCUCAGGCUUGGCUGGAUGCCCUGCCUAGCUUCCAUCGGCUCAAGGGAGUUGCCGUCGUCCUGUUAGGUGAUGAGGCGUGCUCUGCAAACACUUGGCUGCUGCCAUAUCUCAAGUCACGCGGUGGCAGGGUGUCAGCUGCAUUCAUCAUCUACGACACGCCGCUAGUGGACGAUGUAGAGGUGUUUCAAUGGCCCCUGGGUGUGGCCACGUACCGUGGCUUCCCCAAAGCCCCAAGCACACUCUUGGCAUCAGAGAGCCAACGUCCUUAUCCAUGCAACUUUGUCGGCACCGUCUACCCAGGAUCGUCACGUGAGGAGCUUUUGCGUGUCCUGGGUGACCGCGGUGCCCCCUGCUACUUGAGCACCCGCAACGAGUGGCGACCUUUGGAAACCAAAGAGUCACUCGAGUCGUAUCUCUUGGCUCUCAAGCUGAGUGACGUUACUCUGAACCCGGCAGGCAAGAACCCCGAGUGCUACCGCAUUUACGAGGCUCUGGAGUUCGGCUCGCUUCCCGUUCUGGAGGACCGGACGGUGUCGCCUGGCUGCGCUAGUGCAGACGAUGCCAAUGGAACCUUUCGUCUGCUCAAGAAGCACAAAGCACCACUUGUGUUUGUCAAAAACUGGACGCUGGAAUUGAUGCCAGUUCUAGAGAGAGAGAUCACCAUGAAACCCCAAGAGCGGGUGGACAGAAGACAGGCCAUUGUGUCCUGGUAUUCAUCUUUCAAGCUGGCCAUGAGAGACAGAUUUGUGCGCGUGCUGACGGACAAGUUUUUUCGUGAAGAGAUUAAGGACACGUGACAAAAGUUGAUGAUGCGCAGCAUCUACGACACACUAAGGACUAUGGUUUUAUCCUGGUGAUCAUGGACGGGAUGGUCUGUAAGGUUAUUCUUAGCAUCAUAUAUGACCGGAGGUCUGCAGCUUCAUCCCAGUGGUAAUGGACACUGCAACAGAUCAGAAUGCAACAGUCAUGAAUUACAGUGCCAAGUGUGACUCUUGUGUUCAGUGUAGUGCCCUGGUGUUUCGAUUUUCAGUGAGAACUCAACAAUUUAGCUGUCAGUUCAGUGGGAAGACAAGAUAAAAUAGAUCUACAAAUCAUCGUGACAUCUGCCUAAAGUCAUUCAAGUCUUCCGUGAGAACGAAUUCAGCGUAUGUGUGCAGCUCCGGUGAAAGUGUCAACAAAAUCUACCAAGUACAAGUUGUUCAUUGUAGUCAUCCUAUGUGAAGAAGCUCGGCUUUUUGAAGAGAAAGUGAUGGUUGUUUGCAUUAUACUACGUUGUGAUUUCGAAAGAGUCAUUGGUGCAUUUCAGAAAAAAAUUUUAGCUUGGCUAUGAAGACUUUGGUUGGACAUGCUGACAUACUCCUGCUGGUGGCCACGAACCUCAGUGACUACACAGCAAAGUGUACAUCUACGCUAUCUUAGUUACUGAAAGCAUUAGGGGUAUGUACUCUGUACUCUGUCACUGUCAGAUGUCUAUAUCACGUGCAACCUUCUUGCUUGUCUUUUGUGCUGUAAAGGGCCAAUGUUCAUCCAUUGAUCAGAAGUACCAUCUUAUUGCGAUGUUUAUAGAAUACAGUGAAAUUUCGAUACAGUGAAUUUCGUAGUACCGAAAAAAUCAUUCUCUAUUUUGAAAAGUCGUUGCAGUGAAAGUAUUAAAAAUUUGCACAAUAAAUCGUAAGUGCAACCACAUGAGUUGUCUACCUGUACUGUGUAUACAUUCCCGACCACGUUAUGCUCUAUAAAGUGCGAAAAAACAAACACGAUACACUAAGGAACCAGUGCACAUUUAUUUGAGAAAUGGCGCAAUCUAUCCUGAUGUCGGCAGCUCAACUGCUGAAAGACAAGCUCUUAAAUGUGCGAAUUCUUCUUACGCAGUGCAAAGCAUUGGCGUCAAAUAUUGAUUUUUCACAUUGGUUUGUGCGCGCUAUUUCUAUGUUGCCUUUGUUCUCGUUAGCGUUUUUUUAUCAUAACAAAUGAUAUAGAUCUUAUCGGUCGUCAGCUUAGCUCACAUGCAUUUUUCGUCUCUGGAGUGCACAGUACACGAACGUUAGUGAAGCACGCAUGGGUAAUCAUUGACAACUCAUUAGCAGUGCACCACCAGAGUGACACUUUGGAGUCUUGGUACACUCACACAAAGUGCUCCAAAGUUGCCACGUGUGACCCCUGUAUAACAAGUGCACAGGUACUAAUGCCCAAUGAAAGCAAAUGCAAAUGGCGCUAACAGUGUGAAGCCUGACGCCACAUGCCUCGUGCGAAAAAGCCAGUACCAGGCACUGAUGAUGGUGAUAGGGCUACCGCACAUUUGAAUGAAACAGACACACUGUAACAUGAAGAAAUAUUCGGGCGUUCUGAUAAUGAUGAUAGUGGCAGGUACUAUCAGCGUCAAAUGAAAGCCGAACAGCAGAGCGCGUGCCAUAAGCAUUAGAAACAGCUUAGUGCGUGCCGUCCAGUCAUCAGCACAGACAGGCCCACACAUUCAGUUUGGUGGCACAGUGCCACCCCCCAGAAGUGCAAUUUUUUUUUGCCUGUUUUCCAACUCGGAUUUUUUAAAGGAACAAAAAAAUAAAGAAAACAGAAGUGAAAAUUCUGCCAGAUUUAUGCAUUCAAUCGCCAAACCUGCGCAUUGCACUAUAUCGCUCGCGGCUGCUACGGUUGUCGAAAUGGGCAUGCCAAUGGCUUGUGAUUAGUUUACUUGCGGCACUCCGCUUCAGCAUUGUGGCGCAGUGGGCAUCUGAUCAUUGACAAGUUGCCGGACAGGUGUGUCUUUGAUCUCUCAAACCCUGAUGAACUGUGCCUCUUUAGCUGCUUGUUUCAGCUAAGUUUGUUUCAGUUGUUUCAGCACGAAGGACCUGCUUUGGUCGUUUGCACUGUCCAUCACAUGCUGCCUGUGUCCACGGGGAAGGUUGAAGAGGCUUCCUUCUUCCCGGAUUACUUGACAAAUUUUAUUAACAGUACAGAAGGGACGAUUCAUAAUCGUGGCAAUGGCAAAACACAUAAUUGUGACACACAGCUCGCGUGCGUCCCAGAAAGAUGUGCAAGUUCUUACUUUGGAAGUAAACCUUUCGUGCAUUUAUUGUGGUUUGAAAAUGGAAUUUGCAAAUUUUUAGGUGGUACAAAAUUUUGGGUGGUGCAAAUAUUUUUGCUCCCUCUUAAAUUCGUACAAUAUUCUACAGUGGUUACAUUGUGAGAUGGGUGUUGUAUGAGCCACAAAUUGUUUAGAGGAAGCAAGGCAUCAGCACUAAGCUUGUGCGAAUAUUCGAAAGCUGUAAAUAUUCGAACGAAUAAUGCAGCAUUCAAGUUCGCUUUGAAUCAAAUUAAAAUUAUUUAAAAUUUCAAAUUAUUCGAGGAAAACAAAUAGAUGCAUUCUAAUCCACAUGUUACACCCUGUAAAGGUAGUUUCACUGCAGCAGAUGGGUACUAAGCUGUAAACGCACUUAAACAAGCAUAUAAUAAUCUGCACGCAACUUUUGUUAAAGUAUUUUCACUGCAGUGAAGUUAUGACACACUGUGAAAACGCAUAUCCAGGAGAAAUCAGCACUGCCGCGAAGCUUCACUUCAAAAUUAAAUGAAGAUAUUACCCUCGCAUUGAUACUUUUUUUUUUUCAAUUUAAAAGCUUGUUAUACUGACUUAAAUGCUCUAAGUAUGGCAAGUUUUAAAACAUAAUGCAUUGUACAGGCUAUCAGCAUUUUAUUGAAAAUGACACCCUGCUACUAUUCAAAGUUUAAAGCCUUUUAUUUGAUGCAAAAAAAGGAAUUUACAUGGGCCUUGUUUCAAACAUUAAAAAAAUAUUGAGCAAGUUUGUUAGCUCAUGACAAACCCAUUUUAUAAUAUGCAGUGUACUCCAUUCGUUUGAACUCCAUUAAAAAAUAUUUGACCAAAAUCAUUAUUCAAUUCGAUCCAUAAAUUCACUAUUUGCACAAGCUUAAUCAGCACAUUCCUUAAUAAAUUUUGACAUGGAGGCACAUGCAAGUAAAAAUGCACGUGAAUAUUUGCCCAGCCUCAAUUGAAAGUUUACAGGCGUCUCUUCAAGUUGCCCGGCCGCGAAUUAAGAUAACCGCCUUUUCUAUGUCCUUCUUUGUACAGACAGCAAAAGACUAGAAUGACCUUCCCUAUGAUGAUGUCAUCACUGAAUUCCCGUCAUCAUUUUUUGAUCAAUUAUGUGCCCAUUUUUCAAGAUAAAUACUUGUGGCAAUAAAAACCUUUUUAUAUGUUAACCCACCCCUUAUGUAAUACCCCCUGGAGGGGUCUUUAAGGAAAACAGUUACAUUAUGUUAUGUUAUUACAUGUGGUUGUUUGUAAUGUGUGGCACUUUUGACAUUUUGAAUCUUUGGAUGGAUGCUGCACGCUACAUAGUCCGUACAUCUCACAGAGUGUGUAUGUGUAUAUGGGGCUUGUGUGUAUGUGAGUGGUGUAGUCAAUGUUAAAAGUUUUUUGCUAUAUCACAGUGGAAUCAAAAUGAACCGGAUGACCUGUACAGUAUGCCAGGUUACAUGGGCAAAAAAAAAAAGUUCUUUACCCGAAAGACCAGUGGCACAAGUUACUAUGCAUUUAAUGAGAAUGCAUCUACACCCCAUGCUUGAGAUUAUGUCAGCAUCAAUGUCUAAAUAUGUAUUCAUUUCUACACCAAGUCAGCAAGAGAUCUGUGUCCCUCGGUCAGGCAAGAUGAAUAACUUUAAAAAAACUAGGUAUAAAAACGUUUUUUGGCAGUUCUGGGUUUAAAACUAAGGCCCAACGCUUUGAAAGUGAGUGUUUUAUUCACUGAGCUAAAAAUCCAUGCUUGCAGAACGCCACUCAAGCAUGUGAAUUCAUUGUGCUGCCAACACAACAAAUCUGAAGGGUGUGGAAAACAGCCAUUUCUCUGCAGCCUCGGCCCAUAAUUGGGCCCAGUUGUACCCGCGGCAUCCAGCUGAGGUCCAGUCAUAGCACAUGCACAACUCAGUACAUGUGCCCCAGGGCGGUGGUCUAAUGGCUAAGGUACUCGGCUGCAGACCCACAGGUCACGGGAUCGAAUGCCGGCUGCAGCAGUUUCUGGUUUGAGGUCUUUUAGUUACCUGCAGUUUCAAAACUUUUCUGUCUUCAAAGAUUCCACAAAUCCUAAACCAUUCAUGAACUCGUACGUGUAUAGUUGGUAACCCUCUCCAACCUAGCUCGGCAAUUAACUUGCAGCCUCCUACUCACAGACAUGCAAAAGGCCGGCCAACUAGCUCAAGUUUGUAGCUUAUGCAAGAGCAGGGGUGAUGUUCUAGCAUAAGCCAAGCAGCAAUGCCAGAUGCUCUGUCAGAACGUCAGUGGAGGCAGCAGCAGAAGCCACUUCAUGGAUAUGCUCAAUCGCGCAGUCAGGAAAAACUCCUGCUCUCACUUUUUCUGCAGUAUUUGCUCCACUUUCUUUUUCCUCAUCUGUUCCCUCUCAAAUCCCACAGGCCUUCAACACAGUCCAAACAUAAUUCCUUCUCCUGCUUCCUCAUCGUCGUCAGCCGGCUGACUUCUGUUAGUGCCUCAGUCCUUAUUUCUGAGGCUGCGAUGACAUGGCCAUCUCUCACGAGAAUGAACAAAUGGGACUGUAUCUCACUCUUACCAUCUCUACUUUUCGCAGUUUCAUAAAACUGUCUUGAACACAUGCAAAACUUCCAAUGACAUCUUUUUGACUUCAGGACUAAAUCACAUGCAUCGGUAAAUUGAUACAUGUGUCGUUUGAAAUAAUUCAUUGUUAUACACUCUUCCUGUCCAGAGUGUGCAAUACAAGGAAGUCGUGGAGUUCUAGUAGCCACGUCUUGCCAAUAGAUUUUAGAAGCAAGCUUUGUGAGCUGACAACCACAUGUGUGUAAUCCCAUGUAGACAAGAUUUUUUUGGUCUGCAGCUAUCAAUACAAAAGGUUAGAUUUCAGUUGGCUACCUUGAACAACUGGCCGUAAGAGUGUUGAAAUUCUGUGAACGUGUGCGCUGAGCCUUGCAAAUAGUGGUGUGUUUUUCAAAGACACAGUGAAACAGUAAGGACUUAAGGGGACGACUGCAGACAACUGCGAGCUUUCUUCAGUGUCAAGUAACUGCAUAUAGUAGUACAGCCAGCAAGAGUGCCAUUUUAGACAUUUCCACAGACCGGUGAUUCACUCUAAGAGAUAAUUUCCACUGGUACAAUCACAUGCACAAGUGGUUAUUUUUAUCAGUAUGUGUUGGUAGAGAGGUAUGCAUUGUGUAAAUGAUGACUCCAUUUAUCUUUUCGGCAAUGGAUAAGCGUAUUCCUGUGAUGAAUGUUGUUGGUGCAUGUUUUUGUAUAUAUGUACAGCAAACCCUGCACUAGAAAUAAAUAAAUAAUUGAAGUAUG